GAGUUAGUGGCUGGGCUUAGGAAGAGCUCUGCAGUGCCCCUGGGGAAGAGGUAGGGCAGGCCCUGGCUGGAGAAAAGGCACCUCACUCUCCCCACUCCAGCAAAUCUGGCCCCAGGGGUGAAGAACCCCACCCCCAGGAGUGUUAGUAGGAGACAGGUCCCAGAGGAGUAGCGAGAUCUAAAGUACGGUGGUCAAAAGUCAGAAGACCAUGGUUAGGGCCUUUUGGAGAAGUUAGUGCAGAAGGGAGUGGAAGGAGGAGAGAUCCACCUUACCCUAUAUCCCCACAAUAACAUGAGAGGAAAUCGAUGAAAACAGCAGGAAGAACUCAAGUUAGCUGACAGAAGGAAUUUCUCCUUGGCAAAUUUUUAGAAAAAGGCAAAGACCCAUCUACCUGAACUAUGCCAGAGAUGCAGAGUUUACGAUCUUGGAGGGCUGCUGUCCUAGCCCCAUAGCUGGUCUUGGGCCAAGACCCCAGGGCCCAGGCCUCUGAUAUCUGAGAGAUAAACUACUUCUGUGAAAAAGAUGCUCAUCCAAGGCUGGCAGUGGGAGGGCAGCCUGGCAUUGAGGCUCCUCCCCAAACCACUUCAACGUCCAGGAAGCUUUCGAGUCCAGUUGGUUUCCAUUGCACACCACCCCCCCAGUCUGUGUCUCUAAGGGGAAGUCAGGCCCCAAAUUCUAGCUCCUUGCAUUAAGUAGCACUUUAUAGGUGGCAAAGAACUUUCCCAUACCUUAAUCACCUUGAAGAAAGCUCCCUGCUUCUAGGACCAGACUCUUUAUUAACUUAUACCCAACUCCUGGCCAGAUACCCUUCUCACUUGCCAUCCCGCCCACAUACUCUUCCUCCCUCCCACAGCUCACAGGACUAAGGACCAAAGGCAUUUCUGGGCACUGAGAUCCUCCAUCUCUGCCCCCAGCCAUGAGCCGGCGCGUGGUUCGGCAGAGCAAGUUCCGCCAUGUGUUUGGGCAGGUGGCAAAGGCUGAUCAGGCCUACGAGGACAUCCGUGUGUCCAAGGUCACAUGGGACAGCUCCUUCUGUGCCGUCAACCCCAAAUUCCUGGCCAUUAUUGUGGAGGCUGGAGGCGGAGGUGCUUUCAUCGUCCUGCCUCUGGCCAAGACAGGGCGAGUGGAUAAGAACUACCCACUGGUCACUGGGCACACUGCCCCUGUGCUGGACAUCGACUGGUGCCCGCACAAUGACAAUGUCAUCGCCAGUGCCUCAGAUGACACCACCGUCAUGGUGUGGCAAAUUCCAGACUAUACCCCUAUGCGCAACAUUACAGAACCCAUCAUCACACUUGAAGGCCACUCCAAGCGUGUGGGCAUCCUCUCCUGGCACCCCACUGCCCGGAAUGUUCUGCUUAGUGCAGGUGGUGACAACGUGAUCAUCAUCUGGAAUGUGGGCACUGGAGAGGUGCUCCUGAGUCUGGAGGACAUGCACCCGGACAUCAUCCACAGCGUGUGCUGGAACAGCAAUGGUAGCCUCCUAGUCACCACCUGCAAGGACAAGACCCUGCGCAUUAUCGACCCCCGCAAGGGCCAGGUGGUGGCGGAGAGGUUUGCAGCCCACGAGGGAAUGAGGCCCAUGCGGGCCGUCUUCACGCGUCAGGGUCAUAUCUUCACCACGGGCUUCACCCGCAUGAGCCAGCGAGAGCUGGGCCUGUGGGACCCGAACAACUUCGAGGAGCCAGUGGCACUGCAGGAGAUGGACACAAGCAAUGGGGUCCUACUGCCCUUCUACGAUCCUGACUCCAGCAUCAUCUACUUAUGCGGCAAGGGCGACAGCAGCAUUCGGUACUUUGAGAUUACCGACGAACCACCUUUCGUGCACUACCUGAACACGUUUAGCAGCAAGGAGCCGCAGAGGGGCGUGGGUUUCAUGCCCAAGCGGGGACUGGACGUCAGCAAGUGUGAGAUCGCCCGGUUCUACAAGUUGCAUGAAAGAAAGUGUGAACCCAUCAUCAUGACUGUGCCCCGCAAGUCAGAUUUGUUCCAGGACGACCUGUACCCAGAUACACCUGGCCCCGAGCCGGCCCUAGAGGCAGACGAAUGGCUAUCGGGCCAGGACGCAGAACCCGUGCUCAUCUCGCUGAGGGAUGGUUACAUGCCCCCCAAGCACCGCGAGCUCCGGGUCACCAAGCGCAACAUCCUGGACGCACGUCCACCCACCGGACCCCGCCGCAGCCAGUCGGCCAGUGACUCCCCCUUGUCGCAGCAGCACACCCUUGAGACGCUGCUGGAGGAAAUCAAGGCGCUUCGCGAGCAGGUGCAGGCCCAAGAGCAGCGCAUCACGGCCCUGGAGAACAUGCUGUGCGAGCUGGUGGAUGGCACAGACUAGUGUAAAGGCUCAGAGCCUGGAAGGCCCGCCCCGGCUUUUGGUCUUGAACAGACCGGGUCUCUCUGGGCUGGGGCCGGGAGCGGGACUGGGAAGGGAACUCCCUCCCUCACAGGAGGCCUAAGACAAAUGGAGCCUUGCAUCUGUCUGGCGCCGGCAGGUCUGCGUGCCUCGUCCACGACUCAGCAGGAGCUGGCCUCGGGUGGCCCGGGGUGAUGGGGCCUCAGCAAUGGUGCUGCUUGGUGAGGCGGUGUCCCCUUUGUCCCCCGCCCAGGGCAGAGGAAAUGCUUAGUAUUAGCUCAAUGCUUGGAGAUAUUGGGGAACUUGGGAUUGACCUCAAAGGGGUAGCAGCGUUCCGACAGGUGUCCCAAAAAUGACUGAGGAAAAUUACAAGGCUUCUCCCCUCUAAUCAGCUCACUUGACUCCACUCCCCUGAAUGGUAAGCUGGUAGGGUGUCACCCCAGUUCUACAGACAUACACAACCCGUUGGCUGUAGAGCUGGACCCACUGGUUACACCCAGCAGAGGGCUCUCUUCCUUCUUCCCACCCGCAGGGGAGAGGGCCGCUUCCUCGCUGCCCGCUUCGCCCACCUGAGAGCAAACGGGAGAACUGGCCUGAGGAAGCAGGUACACACACACACACACUCACACACACACACACACACUCACGCUCACACUCACACUGCCCCCAGCCCUCUGUUGUGGCCUUGACUCUAAGAGGAAAUUAAAUCUUUUACUAAGUGCUCAAAAUGUAUCUCCUGUAUGGGUGGGGGUGAGGGAAGACAAAACCCUCCAGCUUCUGCAAAUGCUACCCCCAAGCUCCCAGACCCGCUGACAGAUGCACCCCUGGCUGGGCUCAAAACCCACCAAGCAUCCUCUUACCUCAGUCUUC